UUGCAUGUUGAUUGUUUUGUGUGUAUUAUAUAAGGGGAGGGGGGGAUCAUUAAAGAGGCUUCGUGGCUUGAGAUUUAGCAAGGCUGGCAAAAGGGGCAAUGGCCAUCCUCUUCUUCAAGGCUCUUCCCCUGCUUCUUCUUCUUUCUUUUACAGCUUUAUUUGCAAGUACACUCAGCCUUGGAAUUGGAAUUAACUAUGGCCAAAUUGCAAACAAUUUGCCAACACCCUCACGAGUCUCAUUUCUCCUCAGAUCACUCAAUGUUACGAGAGUAAAACUCUAUGACGCUGAUCCAAACGUGUUAACCGCUUUCGCUAACACGAAUGUUGAAUUUGUUAUUGGACUUGGGAAUGAGUACCUACAAAGAAUGUCUGAUCCUCAACAAGCUCAGGCUUGGAUUCAACAACAUGUUCAACCUUACCAUACUCAGACUAAAAUCACUUGUAUUACUGUUGGUAAUGAGGUCUUGACGGGUACUGAUACGCAGCUGAAGUCUUACCUCCUACCAGCAAUGCAGGGUGUGUACCGUGCUCUUGUUAAUCUUGGACUUAGUAAUGAAAUAUAUGUGGCACAUCCCCACUCGGCAGGGAUCUUGGGGAACUCUUUUCCGCCUUCUUCUGGUUCAUUUCGACAAGAUCUUAGUGAAUACAUUCAUGGCAUGCUCAAUUUCCAUGUUCAAACCAAGUCACCGUUCCUUAUCAAUUUCUAUCCAUUCUUUGCAUACAAAGACAACCCUAACGAAGUUCCGCUUGAUUAUGUACUUUUCCAGCCUAACCAAGGUACGACUGACCCGAUCACGAAUUUGAAGUAUGACAACAUGUUGUAUGCACAAAUUGAUGCAGUUUAUUCAGCAAUUAAGGCAAUGGGCCACACAGACAUUCCAGUUAAGGUUUCCGAAACUGGCUGGCCGUCAAAGGGAGACCCGAAUGAGUUUGGAGCAACACCUGAAAAUGCUGCACUAUAUAAUGGUAAUUUAUUUCAGCGUAUGCAGCAAAAUCAAGGGACUCCAGCUAAGCCAUCGGAGCCCAUUGAUGUUUACGUGUUUGCACUUUUUAACGAAAAUUUAAAGCCUGGUCCAGCAUCAGAGAGGAAUUAUGGUCUCUACUACCCUGAUGGAACUCCAGUUUAUAACAUCGGGUUACGAGGAUUUCUUCCACGUAUGGACUAUUCAGCUGCUAAGAAAAAUGCCUUCUCUAUUUCUGCUUUUGUUCUGCUUAUGAUGAUUUUCUUGAUACACUUCUGAACGCUGUACGAUAGAUAAAACAUGGAGAUUAGAGAUGAUUCAAUUUUUUCAGGAACUUCCGCUGAUAUAUAUUAGACGGUACUCGUAGACGACACAGUUUUUAUUAUUUUCUGUUUCACAUUUUGCUAACUUUGCUGGAAAAAUUUGCUUAUUGGAGAUGAUCAAUAGAGACAUUGUGUAUUCAUACCAAAAAAAAAGAAGAAAAAAAACAUAGAAUUUAUAGAGACUCAGAAAAAAAAAAGUAGUUUGUUUAACUACUUUUAUUAGUUGAAUAGUUGAUUCAUUUUACAAAAUUUUUAAUAAUAAGAACAGAAAUGUAUUUGUCUGGCAAUAGUUGUCAUCCCAUUAUUAUUAUUUGAAUUAUAAUAAGGGAAAUAUUAUUGUGCUGAUG